AUGAUCGCAGCAGAAACUGUUGCUGAGCUGCCUGCACAGAUCAUGGUGGAGAAGUGGCACAUCAAGCCCGACGUGGCAGGAGCUACUUUUAUGGCAGGGGGCUCCGCUCCUGAGCUCUUCACAUCCCUGGUGGGUGCCACCAUCGCCAACAAUGACGUGGGUUUCGGGACCAUCAUCGGGUCUGCCGUGUUCAACGUCCUGUUUGUCAUCGGGCUUUGCGGCUAUGUGGCAAAGGACCCCAUCAAGCUCACCUGGUGGCCACUCUUCCGAGACUGCACCUUCUACAUAUUCGGCCUGAGCCUUUUGGCAGGUUUCGCCUCUGAUGAACUGAUUUCAUUGGCAGAGGCAAUCCUGCUGUUCGUGGCCUAUCUUGUGUACUGUGUGAUUAUGUAUUUCAACAGCAGCUUAGAGGAGUUGGUGGACGCCGCGGGCCGCCGUGACACUAGGAAACCUGGUGAUGCCAGCGAGGCACAUACAACAAGGCCUCCCGUGAUUGUCGGCAACUGGGCAGGAACGAGUUCGGGGAACAUCUCCAUCGUGCCGAACACGGCGAACCCGCCGGAAUGUGCUGAGGAUCCUCAGCCACCCUCCUGCACUGAUGAGCCGGGGCUUGGAACGGACGGGCCAAGACAGGUCUCCAAGAGCUCGGAGGACGAUUCUGGCCGAUUCUUAGCCAGUCAGCCAUUGCCAAGCCGUGAACCCUGGGUUGCGCCGCAGAACAUCGAGCGCGUACGCAGAGAUUCCAAGGAUGAAGCCUCAGAUGUGGUCUGCAGUCAGCCGUUGCCAAGCCGUUCGCACAAAGUACGGCUCUCUGCUCGGACCGCUCGGGCUGCUGCACUGCAGGAGGCUGUGCACAACCGUCACGAGGAGAGGAGGCUCUCCGAAACAGAGGAGGCACAGGGAGGAAACCGGCAACCCAGUCGCCCAUCCGCAGGCAUGCAGCAGGUGCAGGAGCUGCCAGAAGAGUCCAAGCCAGUGGCAGAGCAAGAGGAGGAGGAGGAGGAACCUGCAUUUAUGGACUUUCCUGACAACACGAAAGACCAGGUGAUUUGGUUCAUCUCGCUCCCGGUGCUUGCACCCAUCUUCUUCGUCACGCCCUUGCCCAACGAGCGCUGGUUCCUGCUGACUUUCAUCGCCUCCUUAGUGUGGAUCGCAGCUCUGUCCUUCUGUCUCGUUUGGUGGGUGGAGAUCCUGGGCCAGGCUUUGCACAUAGACCCGAUCCUCAUGAGUUUUACGUUGCUGGCUGCCGGGACGUCCAUCCCCGAUGCGGCUUCGUCGGUGGCCGUGGCAAAGCAGGGGCAGGGCGACAUGGCAGUGUCGUCUUCAGUGGGUUCGAACAUCUUCGACAUCCUGGUUGGACUCCCGAUUCCGUGGAUGAUCAAGAUCGCACUCAAUGAUGUCAGCUAUCAGGUGACCAUCAAAUCACCUUUUCUGGCCUUCGACGUCAUUUUGCUGCUGUUAAUGGUCGUAGCGGUCGUCGUGAGCAUCCACUGCCUGGGAUGGAAGCUGAAUCGUCCACUCGGCCUAUGCAUGGCCAUCCUGUAUCUCGCGUUCCUCGGCAUCGCCGUCUCUGUGGAAACCGCCAAACCGGAGUGGCUCAAAUUCUGA